GUUCCCACUCAGCAAACCUCAACUUGCCGCCAAAUGGGUGCACAGCCUGGGGAUGAAAAACUUCAUCCCGACUGCCAACACCUGUCUCUGCUCGGAGCAUUUCCGGACGGACUGCUUCAGAGACUACAAUGGCAAACAGUUUCUGAGGGAGGAUGCAGUGCCCACCAUAUUCACCCAAGGGCAUGAUUCAUCAAAGAUUGAACUUCGUAAAAGAGGGGUGGUGCCAAAGGAGACGAACGUCGCAAAUCAAAUAGGACCACCAGCAGACAGAGACAGAGUGAGAGAGGCCAGUCUACGCAGGGACAAAAGAGGAGGAAUGAGGGGUGGACGAGGAAGCCGUGGGGGAAAACAAAUGUCUGACAGACAGACCAUCGGAGCCAAGAGCAGAGUGUACGACAACAAAGGCCGACUGAUCUCCAACAGCAAGGACAUGUGCGACUGUCUGGAUGAGGACUGUAUGGGCUGCUUCUACCCCUGCCCCGAAUGCGGCUCGCGCAAGUGUGGAGUGGAGUGCCGCUGCGACAGGAAGUGGCUUUACGAACAGGUGGAGGUGGAAGGUGGAGAGAUCAUCCGAAACAAGUUUGCCAGUUAGUUAGCAGUCACAGUACCAGGAAGUGUCUGGGGGAUCAAAACACGCUCUUUCCCUGAACUCAGCUGCAAAGUUAGUCCGAUGUACCUUUCAAAACUUUAAAAAAAAAAAAGAAUCUUCCAUUAUGUUAACUGAUAUUUAUCAGGUUUUGUAAAGUUCCUGCCCGUGGUAGAAAACUAUGAAGAAUAAUGUAAGUAUUCUGCUGAAGGCUGGAUGUUAGUUUUGUCCUUUGUCUGUUGCGCUCUCCCGCAAAUAUGUUUGUGCGCUAUUCUGUGUUAAUAAACAGAGGGGGGAAUAACUUGA